AUGGAUUCCAAUCAUUCCAUGUCCCCAAGACAGCAAGAGAAUCACAAAGCAUGGCAGGGGCUGCAAUCUCCGAAACCCGUGGCUAGAUCCGAACCCUCCAGCCCGUACCCGACAACGUUCGUCCAAGCAGAUACGUCGUCGUUCAAGCAAGUAGUUCAAAUGCUGACAGGGUCCUCGGAGACAGCGAAACAAGCGUCCUCGAAACCCGCGGCGAACCCGACCCACAGCAUCCCGCCCAUGAAAUCCGUUCCCAACAAGAAGCAACAGUUCAAGCUGUACGAACGGAGAACCAACUCCCUCAAGAACAAACUCAACCUCAACAUCAAUCCCCUCACCUCGUUUUUCUCGCCUCGUAAACCCGACAUCCUCUCCCCCAGCAUCCUCGACUUCCCCGCACUUGUCCUCAGCCCCGUCACGCCCCUCAUACCCGACCCGUUUGACCGAUCCAACGCGCCCCCUUCCCUGGACUCUGAAGCCGAAGAUAAAGCCAUCAAAGAGAAGGGUUUCUUCUUGCACCCUUCGCCUGCUUCUACUCCCAGAGACGCUGAACCUCGCUUGCUCCCUCUCUUCCCCACCACCUCUCCCAGAGCUUCAGGUCCUUCUUCUUCUUCUACCGCUGCUUCUUGA